AUGUCCGCCAACGAUAACGAUCCGGAUAACAAUCCCGACGUGAUACUGGAAAAGUUGUUACGCAAAGCACGUGCGAAGGAAUCGCGCUGGGAUCGCAUCCGCCGGAAGCACCUCAACAAACUGACCGUGACGUCGAAGACGGUGAAAAAGUUCAUCAACAUGGAUUUUAUUGACGAAUCGCAGCUACGGAUGUUGAUGACGGCCGGCGAGGGUCCGGGCGGGGAGGGCACCAAACCGAUACUGGAUCCGGUGCUUGUAAUGGACAUCCGGCACGAAAUGGUCCGGCGAAAGGAUUUGAAGCACGGGCAACGCAAGCCACCGAUCGAUCCGGUGAAGGCAUAUCAGCAGGAAAACUUGGAAAAUCAUAACCGAUCGAUCGAGCUGACACUGUGCGAGAACGAGCUGAACAAGUUUCGCAAACAGAUCGAACAGCUCAGCGGGGCCAGUUGCAAUGGCAAGAAGCCACAGGUCAGCUCCCAAAAGCGCAGCAUCCUGUACAUUAACAUCCCGAAGAUCGACAACGGGUUGAUCUACGAAAGUUUGGAGGAGUGCGAACAGUACACGACACACUUUUACCAGACUGCCAUCGAAGGAACGGAACAGUUGUUACAGGAGACAAGGGAUAGUAACUUUGAAACGCUGAAACAAUCGGCAACGAUCGAAGAGAUCGUCGAGCGUGAAGAACACGUGGAGCACCCUGGUGAGAACAAGGCAUCGAUCGUCGUUGGGUCAGAACAGAAAGUGAUACCAGAGCCUGCGGAAGAGGAGCAAGAUGAAGAUAGCAAGAUAGUACGCUUCGGUAAUACACAGGUCAUCACUUAUCCGCUAGAUGAUUCCGUGUCCUUUUCGCUCGACGGUUCCGAGUAUGAUUUUGAGGAUAACGACCUCUUUCUGGAGUCGCUUGACUCCGACGUGGACGAGUUCGACGAAACGGAGUUCCAGUCUACCGACAGCCCCUCGGAACCGGCAAGCGAGGAACACCGGCAGGAUCCGCUACCGACGGACACGAGCAGCGAUUGUUUGACGAUUUCUCGUAUCGACACCUCCGGCAGCUGCUCGAAGGAUGACACCAACAGUUCGGGAUUUGCGCGCCAGAAGCUUAUCUACAACUACGACGAGGUUGACUCCGAACUCCUGGAGAUUGCGCCUACGGCUGAGCGGCUGGCCGAGAUAGAUCCGAUCAUGGUGCGCAAGUGCGAUCUAAAGGACUACAGCGAACUGUGCGUCACGAACUACCGGCCGGAGCCGGAACCGAAGGACGAUCGGGUCGAGCUGACGGAAGAAUCACGCAAGAUGAUCAGCAACGCGCUGAAGGAGGGCUACCUGCAGAAUCAUGAUCGGGCCGUACAGAAGCAGUACUUCUUCAAGUGGCUCCAGUACACGAUUCUGGAGAAGAUCUCCAAAGGGGCCGGAGUUACGAGCACGCGCGAACAAAAGCUGAAGCGCAUCAACGAUUUUAUCAGCAACAUACGCCACAGCCGCAAGAAGGGUGCGCUGCGCGGUGCCAAACCGGCCGUCGGUUCCAGCCAACCGACGUCGGUGAAGAAAGAGUACGAGCACCGGCUGAAGGUGCAGCAGGACAUUAUCGAGCUGCAAAAGCUGAAACUGGAGCGCCAGGAGCGCAUCAUCACCGAGCUGAAGUUGUCCAAGUUUUCGGAGGCGGCCAAAAUUUCGAAAGCCGAAAUUCAAAGCGAACUCCUGAAGGCGGCCCGCACCGGCCACGUGAGGCUUCGGGCGAAGGCUCGCUGCAUCCAGAUCGUGGGCAACAUCCGCCACGAUACGGCCGAGGAGGACGAAAUGCGUAAGCUGCAGGCGCAGGGCCUGAUGAUUCCGAAGUUCCUGGCCAAAAUGCAGCAGCGGGCGCUCGAGCGCAGUCAGCGCCAUCAGGAGGCACGGGACCGGCGUCUCCGGAUGGAGAAAGAACGGGAGGACGCGAAAGUGGCCGCCGAAGAAGCGAAGCGACUCGAGGACGAGGAGGACCGCAAACGGCGCUACCGGGAGAUGCGUGAAAAGCGAAAGUUCGAGAAGCUUCAGAAGAUUAUCCGCGAACAGGAACGGCAAGCGUGGAUCGCUAACAACCAGAUCGCUAAAGAGUUCCAGCUGCUGAAGCUAAAGCGCUUUGGAAUGUACGCGUUCCGACUGCUGCUCGGCAUUCGGCACGAAAACGAGCGCCGCUCGAUCGCCUACCGGCGGCGGUAUUACAAGCGGAAGUACUUCCGCAAGUGGUGGUCCUUCACAAACGCCCUGUGGGAGAACAAAAAAGCGAUGGCCGACGGGCUUCACGAGAGCAAAGUUCUAGCGCUAGCCCUGCGUCACUGGAAAAUGUACAUGCACGAGCAGCGCUGCAAGCUACAGGUUGCCAUCGACUGGCACGAGGUACGUCUAACGGAGAAGAUCAUCUCCAUAUGGAUCGGACGCACGAAGCAGUCGCUGAUGAUCUUACACGGCAAGAUGUCACACGCAGCCUCACACUUUGAAUGGCAACUAAAAUGGAAGGUGUUCGAACGUUGGCAACGGCUGCAUAUCAUACUGCGCAUCGAAAAGGAAACGGAAAUGCGUCGACAGCGCUGGCGCAUGAAAAUCUGGGAACUGUUACCCGACUACAAGCCGAUCGAGGAGGAUGUUUGA